UCAUACAAUACAACUUCUUUCUCUCUCUCCCGAAAAUCUCGAGCGCUUGUAGUCGUAGUAAGAGUUAAUGCGCCCGCGCGUUCUGAAGGCUUCAUACUCCAGUCAAGAAGAUGCUUAUAUUUUUGCGCCUCGUUAUGUGAUUCUCAUUCGAUAUUUCAACUUAAUAAAUUAUCCACGUCUUGAACAGACAUGUACCGAUCAAUACUCAUCAAUAAUCACUGAGUGUUACUAAUCGGGUAAUUGACAAACGUACGAUUGUGGAAUAGUGUCCAGUGGUGGGGUGUUUUGGCAAUGAAGAACUGCCGCCAGUGAGUGGUGGUACACCGUGAGAUGCUGAAAAUCUACGAGUGAGAGAAUUUUUAUUGAAUUUAGGGAAUUUGAGGGUUGAAUUGGGGGGUGGGACUCUCGAGUCAGUGUGAAAUAGAAAAAAAUAGCGAGGAUUUGGGGAGACGGUGCAUAUUGACUGACGGCAACGUGGGAGGGGCGACGCGUACACCCGGAGGAGCUUUUCGUUCGGGGUAUUGGGGUGAAGAGGGGCACUGAAACCAGAAACGAGUGUACGUGUGAACGCAUUGGGAAAAAGAAGUGUCAAUCCCUCAUCAUCAUUUCAUCAGUAUUCUCAUAAAUUGGAGAUGUAUUUUUUAAAUUGUUUUGAAAAAUUGUAUGCUGUUAACAAGGUGUUGCAGACGGCUCGAUAAAUUCUGUUUGAAUCUUGAGCGGCCUAUAUGGAUUUUUGCAUGACUGCAUACCGGCGAGAAAAUAGUCUGUUAAUACGUGAGAUUUAUCAACCUGCGAGGUAACGUAAUGGGUGUUGAAUUGUGGAGAAAGAGUGAAGUUACAAUUGCACGACAUUUCUUAAUUGAAAAUUAAUGGGUAAUUGGUAAAUUGGAUUGGAGGGAUUAAUGUGGCGUACUGUGGGUACAGCGUUCGUGGAGAUAUCUUUUCGGCAAUAAAUCAAGUUUAGUGGUUAUUGUUUUAUUUAGAGUACUGGACAAUUGUGAGGUAUUUGGAACGUAGACUUAGAUAACGUGUUGAAGGGAAUAAAAGAGGCGCGAUGCGUCAGUUGGCGAAGUGGACGUUAUGCCUUGGCAUAUUUUUUUUUAUCACCAUUCGAAUCAGUCGUCAACAGGAGGAGGACAUACCGCACAAUGAGGUGAGAAAUUGGGCGCUCAAGUUUGGAGUGGAUUUGUGGGAGUUUGGAAAACAGGCGACGAAACUAGCGGAGAUUCAGAGAAAAUAUCAUAACGAUGGAGAAACUACGGUAAACAAGAAGGAUGGCCUGGUAUUGGUGAGGGAGAUGGCUGCCGAAGUGAAGAAUAUGUUGGACUUCAAAAUGAACGCUGUUAUGAGGUUGAUGGAGAGUGCUGAGCAGGCUGCCGUGUCUUCCUCGCGAGAGGGAAAUACUUCACCGAGAUACUACAGCUCCCAUGAUAUCAACAGAUUUACUAGUGAAGGAAAAGGGACGUCGCAUCCUCGUGAAGUGCAACUCUCGGUGCAUCGACACUUUGACAAUUUGCCAGUUAAUCUGAGUAUGUCGGGUGUACUUCUGCCUUCGGGGGUAAAAGAUUCUGACAGCGAAGUUGCUGUCGGACUUCAGUGGAGUGACCACUUGGAUCCUCUCUUUGUUAAUAACUACGAAAGUGAUCCCACCCUCUCCUGGCAGUACUUCGGAGCAUCUUCUGGAUUUUUAAGACGUUUUCCAGCCAUUGCUUGGCCUCCCAGAAAGUUCUCAAACGAUCCAGAAGACAUUCCCGACGUCUCUGAUUUUCGCACAAUGAACUGGUUCGUCGGUGGUGCAACGAGUCCCAAAGAUCUAGCAGUUCUGAUUGAUGCAGCAAGUUUUUCCUCUCGAAAAUUACGCAGUCUGACGAUAGCGACUGUCAGAAGCAUUCUAGAUACACUAUCCUCCAAUGACUUCGUGAACGUCUACCGAUAUGGAAGCAAUGUUGAGGAAAUUGUCAGGUGCUUCAAGGACACUUUAGUCCAGGGAUCUGAUGAGAAUAUUAAGGAAAUGAAAACGGCAUUGCACUCGGUGCAACCUGAGGCCAUAACCAAUGUUUCAGCGGCUCUAAGUAUUGCCUUUGAGGUUCUACACAGGUACAACAGGUCCGGCCUAGGAAGUCAAUGCAAUCAAGCAAUUAUGCUCAUUACUGCGAAUACUGAAGCAGCAACAGCGGAGCUCAUUAAAAAAUAUAACUGGCCUCAUAUGCCUGUGAGAAUUUUUACCUAUUUGGUCGGGGGAGACAAGAGUCUAGAGCUCAAGGAAAUGGCCUGCAGCAAUAAAGGGUUCUACGCGAGGAUUUCUUCAAUGGAGGACGUGAAGAGUAAAGUUUUCGAGUACAUAAAAGUACUGGCAAGGCCUAUGGUUUUGUACCAGCAUGACCAUCCCAUUCACUGGACACCCGCUUAUGUGGGUGGCGAGACUGGUAGAUAUGGACAGGAGGGACACCCCCAGCUCAUGACUUCUGUCACAGCACCCAUUUUGGAUCGUCGUAAUCACACGGCAAAAACUGCAAAUUUAUUGGGAAUCGUUGGAACUGAUGUACCAAUUGAAGAAAUUCAGAAGCUCGUUCCUCCAUACAAGCUUGGUGUCAACGGUUACUCUUUCAUUGUCGACAAUAACGGACGGGUUCUCUAUCAUCCCGAUCUGCGCCCUUUGCCGACUGGUCUUUCGUACGAAAAAUCUCUGAAGCCUCGUUACACCAGCGUUGAUCUCACCGAGGUGGAGUUAUCCGAGGACGAUGGCCCCACUCACCCUUUGAAUAAUUCUGGGCUUCCGGAUUUGAGACGAGACAUGAUUGACCAGAAAGAGGGUGAAACUAGUUUUGCCGUGAAAAUUCAUUAUGACGAUAUGAAAAGAGUAACACUCAGGAAGCACAACUACUUUUAUAAACCAAUAGCAGGGACUCCGUUCUCUCUGGGACUGGCAUUGCCUGAGGGCUAUGGCAUGUCGGAAGUCAACGCUGAACUGGAAAUAAAGCAUGCGAUAGUGAAUGUUUUCGAUUAUUUCAAUGGCACUAACUGGAAAGUACAUCCUGACUGGGUCUACUGCGAGUACAGUUCAGCAUCCGACAAAAAAUUUAAAUCCUCUGAGGAGCGUAUACUCCAUUUCCUAGCAAGAACAAGAAUGCCUGGAUGGAAAUGGAUGUCGAUGAGACCAAAGAGUCCCAGCUCGCAUCAUAAUCAAGCGAGCAAGCCUGAUAAAGACGCACAUUACUGUGAUAAAAGACUAGUCCAGUCUCUCGUACUGGACGCUGUUGUAACCGGUGGAUUUAAUAAGAGAGACAGUAAUGCAAUGCACAAAGAGGAUAAUCAGAACCCCAUUGCCAUACUGAUGGCUCUUCUGCACAGCCAAGGAAAGGGGAGAUUUGACAUUGUCCGAAGUUUUAUUGCAACUAGAAGUGGUCUAUUGCGAUGGCAUGAUCAUCAGGAAAACAAGGAGGCCGACGAUGAACCGCAUUUUGCUGAAAUGAACAAACGCGCUAUGGACACUUCAUGGUACAAAAGAGCCGCUGAACAGCACGCAAUUGAACCAAUGAGUUUUGUCUUCAGUGUGCCACCCAACGCAGCGGACCUCGCUGAACCUCUGGUAACAGCAACACAUGCGGUUUAUGUCGAGAUGAGAAACGGCCACAAAGCACCAGCGGCUGUGGUCGGCCUCCAAUUCCAGCAUUCGUCUCUGGCUACUCAUUUCAUGAAUAUUACCUCCACGUGCUCCAAUUGCAAGAAGAAUUGCGCCUCUGAAGAGCUUGAUUGCUAUAUUUUGGACAAUAGUGGAUUUAUUAUAAUUAGUGAACGCCAUGAACACACAGGGAAAUUCUUCGGUGAGAUUGACGGGACCAUCAUGGAUUCACUUGUACAGGAUAAAAUUUAUCGAAAAGUUACAGUGGUGGAUUAUCAAGGUGUCUGUUCACCUCAAGAGUCCUACCUAUCAGCAGCACCUAGAGGUAUUUCCCAGUCGAUCCUCAAUACGAUUGGAUCCGCAUUCGGCCUAGUAUGGGCUUCGUUUCUCAGAUUAAAUCUAUACCAAUCAAUAACUCCAGCAUUGGGAUGGCCUGGUGAUGAAGAACGCGACAAUAUUGAAGCCAGAGACGAGGAGGAAGCACUUCACGAGAUAUAUCCCCCAAAUCUGUCAGAGGAUCGUCUCGCAGCCGAGAGUGACAAGAUCCUCCAAUAUCCAGCAUCUGCGCCAACAGUAUCUCCAGCUCAUGUAACGUCACCUCCACAUGUCCUCAACAAACUACGCACGUGCGAAAAGAAAACGGAUUUAUACAUUCUCCAGCCUGAAAGGCUCAAUACCAGUGGCCAGAGUAAUCCCUUGAAGGGUAAACUAACUAAUUGUCAUGUCACAGGUUGCGAGAGACCCUUUAGCGUCCAAAAAAUAGUACACACGAAUCUGAUCCUGUUGGUCGUGGACACCCUUUGUCCCUGUGGCAGCAAGCAAUUGAGUAUCGAACCCAUCGAGGCCCUAACAGACUCAAACGCAUGUACAGCAAGGAGAGAGAGUCUUUACCGCAGACGACCCCCAAAAUGCAUCAAUUACCAUCCCGAAGAGAUGGAGAUAAAGUACUGCGGCAAUGCCGGCAAGUCCUACAUAUCCUACAGUCUUAUCAUCGCUGUUAUCUCGAUCUAUUUCACGUGACUCAAUGCUUAAGAAUUACGGUUACAACGAUAAAGAACAAUUGAGGUUUAUUUAUUUACCUCCAUUUUGAUAAGAAUGUAAAUGCGGGCAAAUUGAGUCUAACGGAAGAUUUAAAGAAGAGAAAAUUGUUUGUUGAGUUUAGUCUCUGGUAAAAUUUUGCGAUGAGUUUUGAUUUUCAGUAAACUUACGUGAAAGAAGCUGCUUCCUUCGGAAAAAUUAAAAAAAAAAACUAAUAAUAAUAAUAAUUAGAUGAAAAGGGGAGAUUUUUAUUCAAAGAGGAUAAUUAUGAUAUCGGGAUUGAUUCGCCGUCCGUUGAGUACGACGCAUUACCCUCUUGAUCCGUUCGUGGUAAAAAAAUGAAUGAUUAAUAAAUAAAAUAAGUAAUUUAAUAAAUGCAUAAAACGGCUCAAACAAUGUUUAGACAAUACCGUUCGGCUGCAAGAUAUUUUGCUUGCGUAAUAGUCGACAAAACAAAUGUUUUUAUUCUUGUUUUUGUGAUUUAUGAGGUUUAAUGAUAUUUAAAGAAUAGUACAAUUUUUUAUAGUUUUUAUCGGUGGAAUAGGGGGAGAAAAUGGUUAUUUCGAUGGGAUUGAGGCUGUUGUUCACUAAAUGGGGAUCGCAGUGAGCAUUGCUCACUACAGUAGACUCCCGUUAUAGUCAUGUGCAUGGGGCUGGAGGGGAAGCGAAUUCGGAGAAUUCGACUGUAUGCAACUACCCCCAUCACGCGUUUGCUGCUAUCGUAAACUAAUUUUUUUCAUAGCAAAUUCGAAAACGAGGGAAAUUUAUUUCUCGGCUUUAUUUUUUCCGGAAUUCAAUUCCUCAUCGGACGAAUCAAUAAAUUGUUUACAUCAUGAAACCCGGAGGUAGUAGAGUAAGGGAACCCAAAGAUAUGCGAAAAAAGAAAUUGAGGAGAGGUGUGACUAUAACGGGAUCCUACUGUAAUCUACGGUUAGAUUCCACGCAAUUUUUCUAUUUAAGAAUUAAUGGAUUUUUUUCGAGUACUGGAAUUAUGAUGGUAAAGUGGUAAAACAAUAGAUACUAAUUCAACGUUUCAUUAAAUUUUUCGGAAGUGUCUAUGCCUCGAAGGAAUAUAGUGAAUUUUUUAUGGCAACAUUUUAGAGAAUGAAUGUCAAUCCUCUGUAAAUUUUGACUAUAUUCUUCUGAUCCAGAAGUAACCCUCGAAAAUUUAUGUCGAUCGCUUGAAUGAGUUUUUAGAGAAUAUCUGGAAAUAAAGGGGGAAUGGGGCCCCAGGGUCGAGGGCAGAGUAAAAAUUCUGAAGCUGCCUCUUUAAAUUUUUGCAUAUUCCCCAGAAACUGAAUUCGUUAGAAUGACCUCAUGUUGAUUUAUCACGGCAUCACAUACUUAUAGGUUUCGAAAUAAAAAUCUAAAGAUAAUAUAUAAAAUAAUGAGAUGUCAACCGAGAGCAUAUUGUUUCAUUUUAGUUUAUAAUAUAAAUAUAUAACCAUAUGAAUACGCACGCCGGCGUUUUUAUUUGCUGUUAAUCGUUGAUAAACAUUUCUAUUCAUGAUUUAUCAAGGAGAAAAGAGUAAUUAAAUGGAUUACAUGGAAUUAUUAAAAAAUAGAAAGAAUAUGUUAAAUGAGUUAUUUUAAAGUAAAGAGGAAAAUGAAAAAACAUUAGGAUCGAUGGCGUUUAUUUGCAGUGAUCAAGAUCAAUAGUAGUGGCCGAGCCAUUGAUUAAAAAAAAAUCUCGAACGAUCGAAAUUCUUGGAAUUACUUAAAUUGGAUUGAUAACGAUUGAUAUAUUUAUAUUCAGAGGUUCUAUGAAUUCUGGAUAUUUCAUUAAUCCGAAAAGAUAAUGAAUAAUAAAAUGGUUAUAUUGUUCAGAGCUGACCCGAAUGAUCGUAUUUAUAAUGUUACGAAUGAGAUAGCGUUGUUCUUAAUGUAUAAAAACAAACAAAUUAAAUACGUUUUUCCUUUCAUUUUUUCGUUUGAAUCAAUAAUUAUUCUAUUACAAGACCAUUUUUUACUGUGUCUUCCACGAAACGGCCUUUCUUAAAGUGGAUUUACGAAGAUACGUAUUGAAGGGAUGGAGAAAUAAAACCACAAAAUUGGGUAAAUAUUGUGGAAAAAUAUUGUGCGAUCUUGAAUUAACGAAAAAAAAAAAAUGGAUAAGAAAACAUACAUGAUGAACUUCGAAAAUACAUAUCGGCUUUCACAGAAAAACUUCCAGGUGCGAAAGAGUGUAAAAACGAAAAUAAAACGACAAAAUAAACCAUGUAACUUCAUCAAACAAAUCUACUAUAUGUUCCGGGAAUCCCUACAUUCUCAAUAAUUAUAAGCGAAAUACUGUAGGCGAUAAUAUUAAUACAAAUAACGUGUAAACUCUGAGUGAAGAGAAUGCGCAGAAACUGGACAGGAUGAGGGGGGAAAUUAAUAAAUCAAUAAUGAAGACACAUUUUCCUUGAGAAGACUUACCUUUUCGAUGAGCAAAGGGAAAACAGUUUAACGUAAAAUGUAAUUAAAGUCACUGUGUAUUUUCGUGACGUAACAAAUCCACAAAAGAAAUGAUUAAAGAAAUACAGUUGAUACAUCUACAAUAAUUCAUCAAUUUUCAUUAUCUCCAUUGUAACAAAUAUAUGCCACAACGGCAAUGAAACAUAAGAGAAAAAUCGCAUUUAAACAAAAAUAAAUUUAAAAAAUGAGAAAUGACAAGCGCGCAGUCACAUUGAUGUGUAUUUUAGAAUUAAAAUAAAAUACAAAAGAAAACCAAAAAAAAAAAAACGAUAAUUCGUGCUGAUGGGGGGAUAUGUAUUAUUCAUAUAUCUGGUUUUACUGUGUGAAAUACUAUUUCGAGAGGAUGAGAAGACAUUCGGAGGACAAUAAGAAACAUCAAACUACAUUCUCUGUCAUUUUGUGCAAACAAUCGCUGAGGAACAAAUGAUAAAAAGAAGUAAAGAAAAAAUACAAAAAAAAAACUAUUAUUAUAAUACUAUGGCUUUUUUGUGAUUGUUAUCUUUUACAGACUACCUGAGAUGCAUAAGAGUAUUUUGCAUAAUAACGAAAAAUUCAAAAAAUAACAAAAAAAUGAAUAAAUAAAUAAACAAUAAUAACCGUAAUGACAAAUUCUUAAAGAGAUAAUGCAACUCAAUAAUUGUAUACUAACAUUGCGGCAUUUGUACGAAUGCGUUUAAAAAGCUGGGCCAAAGUAAAAAAAAAACAAAAAAAUGAUGAAAAUGUAAAAAAAAUCAAAAAUUAUGUUUUCCCAUGUAAUUUAUUCCGAGUUUGGCUGUUGUUAUCUUGAAUAUCGACUAACGUGUUGUAUAGACUAAUUGAGGGUAGGCGGAUAAGCCAAAGAGACUAAAAAGAGCAAUUUGUAAAUUGGGGGAAUUUAUUAAAAAUUCAUUGAAAUUACUCCUCUUUAAAAGAAAUGAGAAUACAUCAUGCUUGUAUCAUUGCAUCAACUCUUGUAUUCCUGUGUACAUUGUAUUACAGGGAGUGAUAACUCAUGUUGAUACUCAAGUGGAGAUGAACAAUUAAUAGUACUAAUGAGUGUGUGUAAAUUGGUCACUCAAACAUACAUCGAUAUUCAAUAAUUUCUUUUCACAUCCCUCUAUAAGGUAAUGGAGUUGAAAUUCUGCUCAUGAAUUGAUAGAGAACCCUGAUGAAUUAUCUUUUUCCCCUUGAACAUAUAGAUAUCAAAUAUAAUUAUUUGAAUUAUUAAUACGCGUCGGGAUUGCAUAGAAAAUAUUCCAAACCUGACAUGUUAAGAUUUAUCCAUCUUAUUGAUUUGGGCUGUGGGUUACAUAUAAUUAAAUAUAAUUGAAUAUAAUUAGUCACUGAUAUGAUUGAUCGCAGCUUUCGGGAAUCUAUACGGAAAAUAAAAAAAAAUCUGUCAUUUUUCAAACGACACAUACACCAACGAUUAAAACACAUCAAGACACAUUAAAUUCCAAAAAAUCGAUCUGUUCCCAUCACAGAUGUAUAAUUAAAUAGUUAAAUCAAUUAGAAGAUUGGGUUUCGAGAUACAUAUUGUGGAGUAGAAAGGGCGUAAAUGCUAUGUCCAUAAACAUCACUUCCGCCCCUUCCAUUAUACAAGCUCCUUCAAUAAUAAUAAAUUAGUCAUUUAUAUUAACUUUUCAACGGGAACAGAUGAACUCAUUAACACUCUCGACGAAUUAUGCGCAAAAUCACCUCUUCAUUACUCCAAUAACUGUAUGAAAAGAAAUAACGGAAUAUCCGAAAGUUUUUUGAGUAUCAAACUUAUGCAUGCAAACUUAACGAUGAUUUACGCCCGAAUAAAGUCAUGGCACAAAAUUUAUCCUUUAAGCAAAGAAAAACAUUCCAUUGAAAUGAGAGAUGAGUUAAUAAUAGUAUGAGAUGCUAUUACAUCAGAGAUGAGAAGGAGAAAUUAUUAUUAUUACUAUUAAAAAAUUAUUAUUACCAUUAUCAUUAAUAUUAAAAUUAUUA